AUGGACUACCACUGCAUCGAAAUCGACCCUGUCGUGUCCGACGCAAUCGACAUGGCUCGCAAUGCUGCAGCUUGCGUCCUUACCGGCCGUCAUGGAAGCAGCCCUCCCUGCAGCUGCUCGAACGCUUCCAUGCCCUUCUCCCAGGUCGCCUACCGCCGACUCCUCCCUCUCCUAGCUCAAGACUCGACCAUCGUCCUCACAAAGCUCCGAACCGAACUCGAGGUCCUUCCCGAAAACAACCUCGCGACCCUCCGAUUGAAGAUGAGCCAAGGUCCAAUCCACGGCUACAUACAAGAGCACAUCGGUCACAUGGUGUACGACGAGGUAAACCCCAUCUUCGACGCCGCCCUGCCUGAUUACAAGCUCUACUCGCUCGGCCAGCGCGCUGUCGAAACCCUCUACCCCGACGGCUCCUGGUCUGCCGCGACGCCCCAGGAACGACCUGUCGUCCCGCACACCAUCUUUGAGGUCUCUCACGCGAACCCGAAAACCGAGAAGGCGCUUCGCGAGAGGCUGCAGAGCUUCAUUAGGAUGCCUGGCGGCCAGGUCCGAUUGGCCUUCGGCAUCAAGAUUCCAUACCACAACAUCCAGACCGAGGAUGCGGCAGACCGAUUGCACCAAAUGGCGGCUGCCGUUCUGGACGACAUGGACCGCUGCGUCGUCGCCGCCUAG